AACCCCACGCUUAUUAGCCUCUUUCACCGUCUUCCAUCUCUUAGGAAAAUCCCUUAACUCAUUUCUCUAACUUCCCGUUUCCUUUGUUCCCGAUUCUCAGUUAUGGAGUUCUGGGGAGUGGAAGUCAAAGCUGGGAAGCCUGUGAAAGUAAACCCUGAUGAGGAUGCCCUUAUCCACAUCUCUCAGGCCUCUCUCGGUGAGGCCAAAGACAAAAAGGGGGCAGAAUCUGUGCCCUUGUUUGUGAAAGUGGGUGACCAGAAACUUGUUAUGGGAACCCUUUCCCAAGGGAACUUCCCUCAGAUUAGCUGUGAUUUGGCCUUUGAGAAAGAGUUUGAACUUUCUCACAACUGGAAGCAUGGGAGUGUCUACUUCAUGGGCUACAAAUCCCCAAACUUUGAGGGACAAGAUGAGGAGGGAUUUUAUUCUGACUCAGAAGGAUCAGAUGGGGAGGAGGUCCCUGCAUCUGUAACUGAGAAUGGAAAACCUGGAGCAGCUGUAGGGAAUGCCAAGGCAGCAGAAGUGAAACCAAAGGCCAAGGCCAAGGCCGCAGAAGUGAAAAAGGUUGAGAAGCUUGCAUCAAAGGAUGACGACUCUGAUGAAGAUGAUGAAUCCGAGGAAGAAGGGAUGGGUCUUGAUGAUUCGGAUGACUCAGAGUCAGAGGAUAAAGUCGUGGAGACGCCUGAGAAGGCUGCACCGACCAAGAAGAGGGUGAAUGAGUCUGCUCCCAAAACACCUGUCCCGUCAAAGAAGGCGAAGGCAGAUGCUUCUACUCCCCAGAAGAAGAUAGGGAUGGGUGCAGAAGAGAAGAAGGGUGGGAAGAAGACACCGGCUAAUGGAUCGAAAUCCGGUGGACAGUUCUCAUGCGGUUCUUGCAAGAAGUCGUUUAACUCGGACAAUGCACUUCAGUCGCACGACAAGGCCAAGCAUGCUGCCAAGUGAAGAAGCGGCUUCAAUGCCAGACGUGACGGUCCUUUGUGUUGUUUUGUCGGAGCAACAUUCUAUCCCAUUAUUUACGUCGAAUUUUGGCUCAUCAUGCAAAAACAAAUUUUACCUUCGGAUUUAUUUAUUCAUUUAUUUUUCUACUUUUUA